UUCUGUUAUUCAUCAAUUCUGCUGUAUGUAUACAUACGGUAUACUGUGUGUGUAUAUAUAUGGUCGUCACCCCACCUCUUCCCAACGCCAUUCGCCCUUUUCUCCCCAAACUCGAAUUGAAUCUCUCUCUCUUUCUCUCUCUAACUGUCGUUUGCUCGAUUUUUUUUUUUUUUUUUUUGCUUCCACGCACCAUUUCCUGGAGCGUAUCUUGCUGCUUGCCGUGUUGCUUCUGCAAGGACAUAAAGUUUGGAUUUUCAGUUAAUUGAUCUCCUUUUCCUGCAUUUGUUCGCGUCGAGAUGGCCAAGAAUGUGGGAAUCCUAGCCAUGGAGAUUUACUUUCCUCCCACUUGCAUCCAGCAGGAAGUGCUGGAGGCUCAUGACGGAGCAAGCAAAGGGAAGUAUACUAUUGGGCUUGGCCAAGAUUGUAUGGCAUUUUGUUCUGAGGUUGAAGAUGUCAUUUCAAUGAGCAUGACAGCAGUCACUUCACUCCUUGAAAAGUAUGGGGUUGAUCCGAAGCAGAUUGGGCGUCUUGAAGUUGGAAGUGAGACUGUACUUGAUAAAAGCAAAUCCAUUAAGACAUUUCUGAUGCCAAUAUUUGAGAAAUGCGGAAAUACUGACAUAGAAGGUGUUGACUCAACCAACGCGUGCUAUGGUGGUACUGCUGCUCUGUUCAAUUGUGUCAAUUGGGUGGAAAGCAGCUCAUGGGAUGGGCGAUAUGGGCUUGUUGUCUGCACAGAUAGUGCGGUCUAUGCUGAGGGUCCUGCUAGGCCAACUGGAGGAGCUGCAGCUAUUGCAAUGCUAAUAGGACCAAAUGCUCCUAUUACUUUUGAAAGCAAGCUUAGGGGAUCUCACAUGGCUCAUGUUUAUGAUUUUUACAAGCCCAACCUUGCCAGCGAAUAUCCUGUUGUGGAUGGCAAACUUUCUCAGACUUGUUACCUCAUGGCAUUGGAUUCUUGUUACAAAAGCUUCUGUGACAAGUAUGAGAAGAUAGAGGGCAAACAGUUUUCAAUUACUGAUGCUGACUACUUUGUGUUUCAUUCUCCAUACAAUAAGCUUGUACAGAAGAGCUUUGCCAGAUUGUUAUUCAAUGAUUUUACAAGGAAUGCCAGCUCCAUUGAUGAGUCAGCUAAAGAGAAGUUUUCUCCUUUUUCAUCCUUAACCAACGACGAGAGCUACCAAAGUCGCGAUCUUGAGAAGGCGAGCCAACAAGUUGCAAAGCCAUUUUAUGAUACGAAGGUGCAGCCAUCUACACUUGUCCCAAAACAAGUGGGAAACAUGUAUACAGCGUCACUCUAUGCUGCAUUUGUGUCCCUCAUCAGCAACAAAAGUAGCUCUCUGGCCGGGCAGAGAGUGAUUCUAUUCUCCUACGGAAGUGGUUUGUCAGCCACCAUGUUCUCUCUCCGUCUCAAUGAAGGGCAGCAUCCUUUCAGCCUGUCCAACAUUACAAAAGUAAUGAAUGUUCAAGAAAAGUUGAAGUCGAGGCACGAGUUCCCACCUGAACAGUUUGUCGAAACCAUGAAGCUGAUGGAGCACAGAUAUGGAGCCAAUGACUUUAUAACGAGCAAGGACUGCAGUCUUCUUGCACCGGGCACCUACUAUCUUACUGAAGUGGACUCCAAAUACCGAAGAUUCUAUGCCAAGAAGGCUAUUGAGAAUGGAACCCUUGCCAACGGCCAUUAAUUAAAGGUAUCCUGGCAACGGCUCUCGUGUCUAUCUAGCCAGUAGAAGUAAUAACUGGACUUUCAUUGUUCUUUGUGUGUUGAGCGAUGAGUUGAGUUUGUUUUAGCCCGAUCACAUGCUAUCUGUAGUUGUUAUGAAUUCUUUUUCUUUACAAGGGUUUCAGUUAGUUUUCUUUUUUGAGAAAAAGAAAAUUGUUGUAGAUGUACCAAAAUAUUAUGGUUGUAUCUAGGAACAUGCUUCAGUGGUUAGCUGUUCCUUUUAUCAGCAAUAAUCUGUUUAUUCUUGGUAUGUUGUACACUAUGCUUCUGUUGUUUUUAAAUGUAUUUUCUCUUCUA